UCACUGAAACGAAAACAGUUCCCGUGAAUAUUUUACGGAAGGCGGAAGAAAAUCAUGAUAACACACUUGUGUCUUGUGCUAGGCCUGGCAUUGUCAACAACUGCUGCCACGGAUCCAGCCUGUCCCCUAUGGAAACAGUAUGUAGACACCUUUAAUGCUGGCAGUGGGCGUCAGCCUGUGAGAGAUGGUGGGGUGAGGUUUAUGUGUAAAUACCAUCCAGAGAAGUGCGAACAGCUGGACUGUGAGGGAAGGUUCAGCAAUGCAUUAACAGGGACUUUCCAGUAUUGUUUGAACAUGGUCAUGAACCACUGUGACAAACCUAUCAAUAUGGAUGUUAGCAUCAGCGUAGAUAAAUUCAACUUUAACUUCGCUAAGCGAGUCGCACACAAUACUCGAUUCCCUCUGGCUCUCAAGAAUCAGUCUUUCAGUCUUUCCGGAAUUCCCCUUCGUGAGUAUUUGGAGUUCACCUUGGUGAAGCUGAAUGCCACAGCUGUCAGAAUAGGAAUGAAGCUCUCAACAGAGUUGUGUAUCCCAAACUUGGGCUGUACCUUUAAUAAGAAGAUUACUCUUAUACCAGACAAUAUUGUACCUGUGUCAAGAUGUAAUAAAACAACCAAAACACCACUGCCAAAGGCACCAAAAUGUGGCAAAGGAAAGACUGGUGGUGGUGGUGUUCCAUUCACAACUACCACAAUGCCACCACACACCACAUACAAGUCAGCUUCCUUUGGAAAGAAUUGUUCUAUGACUGAUAUCAUGAAUAAUCCAUGUGGAAGGAAUGAAGUGUGCAAACAGGGAAGGUGUGCCUGCUUCACCCCUCGUUACCCUUUGUGUCAGUACUCCAAUCUGUGUCAGACCGAAGAGAGCUGUGCAAAGCACAUAGUUCCUCCACUUGAAUUUGGGCCCAGUAGUCCUCACAAAAGCCCUCGGAACAACUCAUCUGGAGGCCCCACAGACAAAACUGCUCUCAUUGUUGGAGGAACUUUGGGAGGAAUCAUAUUCAUCGUCAUAAUCGCGGGAAUAAUUCUCGUUAUGUUGAAGAAGCGUGGGGCGAAUUAUAGAGGGCGCCAACUGUUAUUAACGGAGGAUGAUACAGAUGGUAUUAUAUAAAGAGAAAGAAAAAUAGGAGCACCAAAGUGGAACGUAAAGAUUUGAGGAGAUUUGAUUGGCUGUUUCAAUGGAUAUUUAGAGAUCAGCAUCAAAUGCUGAAGUCUUGCAAAACUAUAUUUUUUCAAUGGAGAUUCUACUCUCACUCUUCACUUUACAUUGACUUAUUUUAAAUUCACUCUUAUUUGCAAUAGAUGUGUAAAAUUACAUGUGAUUUGAGGUACAAGAUUUACUAUUACCCCUGGAAAUGCUCAUUUAAGUAUAUUUUUUGGAAGAUAAGAUCUCGGAAAUUUCUGUUUGGUCAUGGAUCAUGCAAUAUCUGAAAUUUAUUGUUGAAGGACUUUUCAUUUACAUAUAUACUUUUAGAAGAGACCUUAUUUUGGUCAUGUCAAAGUACAUGUAGUAAUGCAUUUUCAGCAAAGGUAUUUAAUACUGUGAAGUUUAUUUUUGUCAGUGUUUAAUGAAUAUCAUGAUUCUACAAAGAUCUGUUCUUUUUCUUUCUUUAUUUUUAUUUCCUGAUUAAUUUAUAUUUGUAUAUUAUUUCUAGUUUUGUUUGUGGUGUAUUUCUCUAUUUUUCUUGCACUGUAUAUUUAUCUCUUGCUUUCUGAUUAUGAUCUGUGGAGAUAUUUUCAUCAUCUCAUCUUUAUCAUCAGUUUUAUCAUCUUCAUCAUUGGCAUCUUCAUCAUCUUCAUCACCAGCCACAAUGAAAUAGUAAAUAUGACUCUAAAAUCAUGCUUUUCUCUUAGAGAAAUAUCACAUAUAUAUGUAUGUACUUUGUGUUGCAGAUCUUUAUGAUAAAGAUCUGUGUAAGGCAAACAUUGCUCAUCUACAUAUGUAUGAACUUACCAAACAUCUUUUACUGUGAUAUUCUGACUAAUGUACAUAAUACAUAAUAAAACAAUAUAGAUGAUAUUAAGAAUUUACAUAGUUCAGCUCAAAUUUUAUCCAAAUAAACAAUAUUCAUUUUUACUUUUUAUAAGGAAUCAUUUUUUUUGUUUUUUGUUUUCUUUAUUAUAGAAAAAAAAUAUGGGGAUAUUUUAAAGUGCUUCUUCACAAUGCCAAGGUUUUGUGAUAUCAUUCCUCUACUUAAACCGUCAACAAAAUUCGCCAUUUAGAAGUCAGGCUAAAAAAAUACUAUUUCAUAUGUUCCCGGUCUUUGACUGGGAACCAAUCAGAAAACAGCUUUUAUAGUAGGUAAGUUUUGUAACAAAUAUAACUUGCCUUUAAAAUGGAAAGUGCCAAAUUUGUACAAUUUGUAACUUAGCUAUCUUUGAUAAAAUAUUGAAGAAUAAUUUUUGGAAAUCCUUCUCCUUACAAUCACAACUGAUGUGUAAUGGCUUUGGGCAACUUAAAAACGAAAGGGAUAUUCUGAUUGGUUGGUUUAUAAUCAAUCAUUACAUCAUGUGUAACCACAAGCUCAACUUUUAAACAGUGACUUUUGUCAAGGAUUUGUGAAAAGGAAAGAUAUCACAAAAACCUUGAUAUUGUGAAGAUGUGGAGAUUUCCAUUGUAUAUUCAGUAAAAUACCCUUAUAUACACUAUGAUACACAUUUCUAGAAGCUGAAGUUUAAUUAAGUGCACAGCAUCCGAAAUACAUGUUGUUUUUAUGGCCACAUCUUACUUUUGCGAGUGAAUAUCUAUGUUGUUAACACAUCACAUCUUUUGAUUGUCAUGUGUAUUUAAUUUUAUGUUCUUUGAUUUUUUUUCUAAUUAAGAUUUGUAUGUACCCCAGAUUUGACAUUAUUUAUGAUUUUUUUAAAAACAUUUUUGUGUGCAUUUUUUUUUUUUUGCAUUCAAUAAACACUUAUUUCAAAUUAAGAAUGAACAUUCAA